AUGGCGUUUGUAGACAUGAGGAAGAGAGGGAAGAGGCUAGUACUCCCCCUGCUGGUGGUUCUGGCAAUCUCCAUGUAUCUGAUGGGGACCGGCUCCAGGAAGGACGCUCCGUCGGAAAGUGGACAUCGUGUCAUCGAGGAGUCCAUAGCGACUGAUGAUGCACAAGAUCCAGAAAUGCUGUCAGGAGAAAAAGACGUCCAAGAAAUCGAAAAUUCCCCAAGUAACGAGCUAUCGCUGCCUGAUGACCUGAAUGAGGCCCUGCGAGCUGCAGCAGCAGAGGACGCUUCGCCGUACAACCAACAGGCGCUCCGGGCAGCACAACCUGAUGACGUUUCGUUGUACAUCCAACAGGCGCUCCGGGCGGCACAACCUGAUGACGUUUCGCCGUACAUCCAACAGGCGCUCCGGGCAGCACAACCUGAUGACGUUUCGUCGUACAUCCAACAGGCGCUCCAGGCGGCACAACCUGAUGACGCUUACGUUAGGAAUAAACGUUUCUUACCGGCUAUUUCUGGGCUUGCUGGGAAGCUUUUGUCAAGUGGAAACAAGUUCAAUAUUACCAAACUGACGGAUACCAUAAAGAAACUGGGUUCUAUGAAAAACAUGGCUCCAGACAUCAUGGCGAAAAGUGUGGAAAAAGAGGCUGAGGUGGCGGGAGCAAUAGAGAAAAGUGCCAUGCAGUCAGUAAUAGACGGCGUGCUCGGUUCAGCUAUAAAGAAAGGUAUGGGUGGAGCUGCACCUGCCAGUGGAGCUGCACCUGCCAGAGGAGCUGCACCUGCCAGAGGAGCUGCACCUGCCAAAGCUGAAAUCAGUCUCUCUGAGGACAAGGGCAUGAUAAAGGACGACAUGUUCGCCCCACCAGGAAUGCACAUGAAGGUGGACGUUCAGCAGGGUGGCAAAAAGAAACCAGAAGCUGACAGCAGUUCUCAGCCUCCUGCGUUUGCCUUCCCCAUCGGAAUGGGUGCUGCUCUGAUGAACGGCUGCUUUGGGAAAGGAUACGGACCCGGAGACCCUUGCUAUAACGUCAAGACUGUCAUACCGCGCUGCUAUGCCAUGAUGGAAGGGUGCACCUACAUCGGGGUCGGCUUCGAUGGUCGCGGGGACUACAGCAGCGCGUCCAGAAAGAAGAAUCUUGUGCAGCGGUUCUGUAAGAACAAAAGAAACCAAUCUUCCAAGACGUCCAACACCCGCGUGACCGCAGAAGGAGGUCACCAGGAAGUCGCGGCCGUCGUAGCGGAUUUCUACACAACCGGCUUCAAAGACACCUUCAGCCAAUGGCUGAAGACCAUCCCUACAUACCCAAAACCUGUCGAGAUGUUCAUGGGCACCAUUACGGAGCUGCUGAACUUGAACUUCAAACUCAUGUUUCCGUUUGACAUUAAGGAUGUUGCAACGGGCUGCUUUAGCGAAGACCUGAAGACUGAGAACGGCACUGGGAAGAAGUAUUACGAGAUAUCCAAGCUGGGUCCGGUACCGGCCAAUGACUUCCGUCUGGAGGGCGGGCCACCUGGAUGUCAGUCCGAUUCCUUGGUUACAAAUGGUGGCAAAGCUGGAGUUGCUCACCCGAAAUGGACAGAGCUGAUUAAUGGAAACAAAUACAAGAUCAUCUUCGAUCUUCCUCAGGACGUCGAUGAAAACAUUAAAAAGGACGCAGCGGCCAUUCUACUUUUUAUAAACGGAAGGUGGAAUUGUCGCUUGCCGGAUACCCGUUUUCAUGGGUAUAACAGUCACUCUAACGGUGGAAGCGGUGACACCAAGAAAAAAAUCGUUUCCUGUUUUGGCUUUGUGAUGACGUAUGACGAAGAUACCGGUCAGUUUUCUGUGACAGACGCAAACCUAGAAGCCUCAAAAGAGGUUUUAGGGAGUCUGUCCGGUAUUAACACAGAUGCGAUCGCUGGCCGGGCUGAGUAUGUCAACCCGAUAGAGCGCUCAGGACAAAACAGUGGAAAUCUGGCGAGUAUUGUCCAGGCACCUUGCACUGUGAAGUGGUCCAACUCCUACCAGAUAGAUCCUACAAUUGAGGGUGGACAGUGCCUCUACUUUGUUGGAGCAUCUGCAGGCGAUUUCUUUGUAAUGUUCUCUGUCAUCCCGAGGGACAAGACCACUUGGUUCCAUCUUCAGAUAAGUCUUCAAGGCGUGGCACUCUACAAGGGCAUGAAGUUGGUCAAAUAUGAGGAAGAGAUUGCCGCUCGGGGUCUUGGUGCCUCCAACCUGUUCCAGCCGUACUUUAUUUGCCUGGACGAGGAAAGCUCCAGAACCUACAUCAAGUAUGGAAUCGGAUCGGACACAUCCGAGAAAGGCAAAGUCUACUUGUUCUACGACGAUGAAAACCCACCAUUAGGCAUUCGGUACUACUCAUUUGGGAGUGGGGAAGCCAACGUAGAGAUCAUGGACGCGCGAGUCAUCGAAGGAAGCAAAGCAGGAGACAUGGAAUGUACCGGAUAUAGAGUGAUGAAGAAUGGGAAAUGUGUCGAAGACUGCCACCCGGAGUGUGAUGGAUGCAUUCCAAAGACCCCUGGUUCGAAGCUUGAUACGGAGUGUCGCCGUUGCAAGCACUUCACAAUUGACAAGAACGAAGGAGGAACCAAAUGCGUUCCAGACAAGGAAGAAUGCCCACCGUCUUCCAUAGUUGAUCCGAUAAAGAAGACAUGCAAGUGUCCGGACAACAAAGUACUGAGCGUUGACGGAAAGGCAUGCACAUGCCCCUUUACUGACGUUGAUCAAGCUGGGAAAACAAUAUGUGUCUUGAAAUGUCCCGACAUGAAGAAACCAAACGGCGGCAGCCAAUCCCCAAAAUGUGUGUGCAAAUUUACCUACAAUGGGGUGUGCGUUUCAAAGUGUCCAAUAGGCACCAUUCUUGACGGCAACAAAUGUAAAAUACACUGCCAGAUAGGAAACGGAAAAUCUUACAGGGGCACAGUCUCUGUGACCAAAUCAGGCAAAACAUGUGACUCUUGGGACAGCCACCGGGAGUAUGGCAACAUCGUUGACCGAUCGUUUGGACUGGAGAAGAACUACUGUAGGAACCCAGAUGGCAAUCCCAACGGUGUUUGGUGCUACAAUAGCCGUGGAAGUUAUCACGUACAGAUGGAGGGAUGCGACGUACCGAAAUGUGGCUGCUAUGAUGGAACAGGAGCAUCUCACGGAAAACCACGCUGUCCCAAGACAUGCACGGAUGGAAAAGGAGAAACAUACCGAGGAUCGGUUGGCCUGACCCAUACGGGCACAACGUGUCAACGCUGGGACAGUCAGUUUCCACAUAAACACAGCUAUUCACCCGCUACGAAACCAGAACUGGAGGAAAACUACUGCAGGAAUCCUUCCGGAGCUAUGGCCCCUUGGUGCUUCACCACUGAUCCGAAGAAGAAAUGGGACUAUUGUCGAAUAUCAGAAUGCUAGUAGAUUCUGACUGCAGAGACUUGGGCACAAAGAAUCAAGAGAACGCUGCCGAAGUCUUAUUCGCCGAAGUGAGAACUUUAGCUUUAGAUAACCAACAAAUUGCUGUCGCUGAUAAACAAAAUCAGUGCUAAGGACUAAAACAUUUUCGCAUGUAUUAAAGUUCAUCUAUGACGGUAGUCAACAUUAUGUUACAAGUUUAAAAACCCGUGUACAAAAUAAAGCGCUUUCGAUCAGUCCUCUGAUCCUCAAGUUGUAUUGACCCAAAGCCUGCCAAGCACCUUUGACCCUUUACUGACGUCACACUUCCGGUCUGGAUUUGUGACGUAGGCCUUGAGUAAGUUCAACUUGAUGAGGAUCAGAGGAAUGAUCGAAAGCUUGUUAGUAAGCGCUUAAUUUGGGGUUUUAACAUAUGGACUAAAACAGCUGUAUGACAGUAUGUAGAAUGUUAAAGCGGUGUGGUAACUGUGUCUUAAUGUUAUGGUGUCUGUUUUAAUCCUUUAUAUAGGAUAACAGUUUUAAUCCUAACUACACUUUAUAAUGUAUGUUUUGAUAUACAUUGCUCUUUUGUAGGUAAAUCAUUGUUUUCUUUCUGAACAUUAGUUGAUUACGGUGUCCGGCACAUCACACAGACAUAGUAAAUAACAAUGUGGUGGGACAAUGAAGAAUCCGAUCUUUGUUUUUGGUUAGUUCAAGGUUCACCUAUUAGUAAGUCAAUGCUAUGUAACUCAUGACAGAAGAGCAGGACUAGUGUAACGAAACCAGAAAAGAAAACUAGAUGGAAUGUAUAGAAAGUGAGAAAUGGAACGAAUGGAGCAGUACAGAAAGUGACCUUUUGAACAAUAUUCAACGAGAAAAGAAGCCUUCUGUACCUGCCAUUUCCUUAAAUUUCACCAUGAAGGAAAUGGUCAGCAUGGUAUAUAAAGUGCGACAUGGUAUUGAAAGUGCGAUGUAAAUCAAACUGACAUAAUAUACUUUGAAAUAGGUGCAUUGGAAGGAUCAAAAUACAGAACUGGGUAGCCAAGAAUAUUUUAAGAUAUCCACCCAGAAUAUAUUUACUCACUCAUCUAAACCACAAACGUCUGGCUUGGAGUCGAUUCCACAUUACCAAGAGGGUAUUUCUUGCCUUUUGUUCCAACAUUUUGGAAAUCUUUAUAACAUUCUAACU